CGACGACACCUCCGAACUCCCCACCGAAGUCACUCAUGAUGGCAAUGGAGCCUCCACCACGGCCUUCGAGCGCCCUUUUCGAUGUCUAUCUGCGACUGCGCCCGUCUAACUCCGCACAUCUCCGGUUCCUUACAGUCGAAGAACGAGAUGACAGCCAUCCCACACAUAUCACCGUUAGGCCACUUGUCAAUGACAACCGGAAGCGCGCAGUUGAGCGAUUCGCAUUUACGCAAGUUUUCGAGGAAGAUGCGCGCCAGAUGGAUAUUUUUAAGGGGACAGGUAUUGUGCCUAUGAUCGAGGGAGUACUGGGCGCACCUGGGCAUCACGGACAAGAUGGUUUAUUGGCAACUUUGGGUGUGACAGGAUCCGGAAAGAGCCAUACCAUCCUUGGGACCAAGUCACAGCGCGGUCUUGUCCAGAUGACGCUCGAUGUCCUCUUCCAGAACUGCGAAGAACAGCUUGUACAAUCGUUCUACGGCGCCCCAGCAUUUUCGUCUUUGGCGGCUGCAGACGUAUCUGAAGCUAACAUGUUCACUGCUUCUUCUUACCUGGACUCCAUGUACGGGGACAACCAGUCAGAGCGCUUCCCAUCGAGAGCAAACACACCUGCGCCUGACUGUAGUUUCGUCUCACAAGGCACCUCUCGAUCGAACAAGAUCCCUCGAUCUUCGACCCUACCACAAGCCCCGUCCGUCGCCGACAUUCAAAUACCCACCGACCCUACCGCCGAGUAUGCCAUCGUUGUCUCGAUGUACGAGGUCUACAACGAUCGAAUUUUCGAUCUCCUGACUGGAAAUGCCAUGAAGAGCAAGCACCCCAACGUCAAGCGCCGAGCACUUUUGUUCAAGAGCACAGAGCAGAGCCCCGAGCGCAAAGUGGUCGCUGGACUGACCAAGAUCGUCUGUGGCAGUUUUGAGGAAUCUAUGAUGGUGCUUGAGACUGGCUUAAUGGAGCGCAAAGUCGCUGGUACUGGAAGCAAUGCCGUCAGCUCUCGCAGUCACGGCUUCUUCUGCGUCGAAGUCAAGAAGCGUGACGCUCAGUAUAAGGGCUCAUGGUCUAGCAGCACACUGAGCAUCGUGGAUCUUGCAGGAUCUGAGCGUGCGCGUAACGCAAAGACAGCUGGUUCCACUCUGGCCGAAGCUGGCAAGAUCAACGAAUCGUUGAUGUACCUUGGGCAAUGUAUGCAGAUGCGGGCUGACCACCAAGAGGGCUCCAAGAAUGUUGUCCCCUUCCGCCAGUGCAAGCUCACUGAGCUCCUCUUCUCCAACUCCUUCCCAUCAUCGACACGAUCCACACAGCACAUCCCUCCUCAGAAGUCCAUCAUGAUCGUCACCGCCGAUGCGCAAGGCGACUACAACGCGACCUCUCAGAUACUCCGGUACUCCGCCCUCGCACGCGAAGUGACCGUCCCAAGAACACCCUCCUACACAUCCACCCUCCCCACCGGCCCUCGCCCAGGAACCGCCUGCUCCGGCCGCAGCACCCCCUCCGCGCUUCUCGACGAACUCGAGUCCUCCGCCGCCGAAAUCGCACGUCUCCAACAAGAACUCUCCAUCUUCGCCCUGCGCCUCUCGGAAGAAACCGCGCGCCGCAAAGCUGCAGAGCAAUCCUGGGCCGCCGCAGAAGACCACAUGUCCACCCUCGAGCAAGAAAUCCGGGACGAAUGCUACCUCGAGAUGGAAAACGCCGUCGACCAAGAACGCCGCAGGUGGCAAGCUACGCUCGACAACGAACAGGACAACCAACAAGCCCACCUCGACUCCAAGGUCGAUGUCGUCAUCAAGGCGACGAAGGCGCAGAUGCGCCUUGAAGAACCGGUGAAGGUGUAUGAAGACCCGGAUCCGGAGGUAAGAGAAAGGAAUGAGGAGUUGGAGCGCGAGAACGAGGUGCUUAGGGCGAAGAUUGAGCAGUUGGAGCGGGAGGCGAUGGGGAGGAGUGCGAGUCCGAUUAAGAAGAUGAGGAUUUUGAAGAGUAAGAAGUGGGAGGAUCCGGAGAGUAGGUUGUUUGGACUUGAUGAUUGAGCUGGCUCCUUAGCUUUCUUUUUGGGGUUUCGUUACGACUUAUGAUUGGCGUUUGGGUGGUUUGGAUAGGGUGCCGAAUCUCUCAGUCUCUUCUUCAGUCAUACUUCUGGGUCUCGGUAGGGGGUUGUCUAUAUCGAAUGCUUCG